GACAACUCCAAGCUAAUAAUAUUAACCUAUAUGAUACGAUCAUUAUUAGGACUUCAACUUCGUCAGUCGCAUCUUUUGAGCUAAAGGACAAUGGACCUGGUCAUCCUACUGGUGUUGGUCAGCGGUAUAUCAUGCAGAGAGCAUGCCUCGGAUCCAAAAGAUGCCGACCUAGCUAAGAAGUUUAACAUAGUGUCCAGUUCCAAAGACGAGGACAACAUGAUGGUUUUUUUGAAGGGAAAUGAUGGAUCAGAUGGACAAAAUGGCACACAGGGUGAUGUUGGCUCACAAGGACCCCGUGGGCCGCCGGGAUUGCCUGGUCUGAAAGGAACACCAGGAGUAUGCACCAUAGAACAGUGCGAAUCAACUGAACUUAAAAUUCUGAUACAACGCUUGGCUGCGCUUGAAAAGUACGUCAAAGACAGAAAGAAUAACACCGGAGGCCAGCCUUGUGUUAAACCCACACCACAACUCAUACCUAGCGGGGUUACGAUUUGCUCAACACCAGCUCCAACUACACCAACUACUCCACCCCUGAAACCAAAUACACCUCCCACCCAGUCACCAAAGGUUUCUGCACCUUUCUCUGGUUCCCCUGGAGCACCUGUAAAUGGUCCUGUCCAAUUUCCAGCUACUGUUGCACCAGCUCCUUCGCCGGCCCAGAACGAGGCUCCUCCUCCUCCUCCUCCUCCUCCUCCUCCUCUUCCUCCUAUUGUCAUUCCAGCCGCGAGUCCUGUCCAGACCUUGUGGGCCAGUCCGGCUGCAGCACCCGCACCAGUACCAGUUGGGGUAACGGUUCAAAGCACAGUGGAGGCGCCUUCGACAUUUCCUGGUGGUCAAGUUCAGAUAGAGGGUAUUGUUACCCCGCAGGUAUCCGUACAAGGUUUUAACCAACCAGGAAAUCCAUUUAAGAAAAGCAGUAUUGCAACGAAAGGUGCCCCUAAAGCUAAGCACGGCUCUAAGAAGUCCUCCCACCAACGCGUUCUCCAUCACAGAACGCGGGCUCAUAAAGCUUGAGUCACCAUCUCGUGUCAAAGUAAUGAUUUUAAUGGUUGACUUGUACUCAGUCUCUACUCCACUACCUUUACUGUCAAGUACCAGGAGAAUAUAAUCACCCGUUCACACCAGCAAAAUAUGUCUAGUCAAACUGGAUUUAACGGUAGGAAGAUCAGGAAAAGAGUAUUCAAAAAAAAAAAAAAAUUUUCCAUAGGAUUCAUGAAGUCACCAACUUGUUUUUCCAAUGUCGACAAACAUCCGUUUAAGCAGCUUCUGCGACGAAAACAAAUUUAAGCGUGUUUACAAAAACAGCUUUAACAUGUUUAUGCUCUGGUGUGAAUGGGGUUUAAGCUCGAUAGUAAUUGCCCAACGAAUUGUUCUCCAUCACAAGAGGGAAAAAAAUACUUUUUAAGUUAUAAGAAUUCACUUCUUUACCUAAUGGUAAUUAUUAAGUUGAAGGCUAUUGAGAGCAAACAGUUAUUGGAGAGAGUGCACUCGAGACAUUUCUCCCUCAAUGCCCAAUUCAGUUAGUAACAUCACCAAAUGUAAUUUAGUGAAUUACAUAUUUGAAAGUGUUGAGUAAUGCUGCUUGGCAUCAAAUUUAAUUAUCUUCUUGUCUUGAAAAAGUUACAAUAUGCAGAAAAGUAGAAAGAUACAGGAAACAAAAUUAUAAAGGUUCCAUUAAGUAAAAUCAAAUCAAAUUUUCACAUGUAUUGUAAAUAUUAAAUUAACGAUGUGGCAUGUGGUCGCCUUGUCUGCAAACGCUGCAUGCAACAUUGCGUGCAGGUUAUGUCACCUGUGUGCAACUUUUCUCUAAAAAAAGGUUUUAUGUUCCUUGACGAUAUUUUUGUUGCGACUUCCUCUUAAAAGGGAAACUAAGAAACAGGUAACAAUGUUUACAAAGCGAGGAAGCUUUAACCGACUUGCUACCUACAAGAUUAGAGUAUUUUUGACGUGUUACGUCUUUUGUCGUCUACGUAAUGUAGCUGCUUGGGUAACUCUGUUAUUGGUUGUAUGAGAAAGAUGAUUUCGGAUUUCAAACAAAUUAGCGAUAAGUAGACAUGAAAUGAAAUAUGAAAACUGCGUGAGUUAAUCGACGGGGGAAUUGAAGUAGAUAAAUGUAUAUUUUGUA